GAUGGCUGGAACCGUUGCCUGGAAAUCAGACGCCCUGUCGACGCCAUCUUGGCUCUAAAGUCAGCGGAGCGUUAAGUGUGGAUAGUGCGCGCGGCGCCAUUUUGGCUCACCAGGUUCUUUGGCCACACAUUUGUGGAACUCGGAGCGACUGCCAGCAUCCGACUAACGGUGGACGUAACGUUUGAUGUGUUGGAGGCAAUUUGGGGGUUAAGAAGCACAUACGGCGUAUCCGUCGGCGUUGUGAUCGACCCCAAAGUGGAGAUUUUCUGCUUAGGUUCGGGAGCGGAAUUUGCCAAAUGAUACUUUGGGUAGGGUAAACCGUCUGAGAUACUGGGCGUACACAGUGCAAUCAAGACAGGAGUCAACCGGCGAUUCCAUCGUCAGCUAGCCCAUUAACCUGGAAAGCUAAGCAUUUUGGACAGCUACGUUAGCGUGCGGUGGAGCUCAGCACCGUGGUCCGAACUAGAAGUCUGGGUGUUUUUUGAUGAUGGAGUCAAACACUUCCCACUACAAUUCGAUGCAAUAAUGCGGAUUCGAGUCAUGCUAUUGUUUCCCUGCAAAGGAGGAAAAUCUCCAACCCUUGCGGUCUGGUCUGUGGUUCCUGUUGAGCUAGCCCGCUAGCUGGCUAGCCCACUCACCGGGAUACCAGUACCAGAGAAGGUGGGGCGGGCGAACUUGGACGCUUUUAUCUUCAUCCCAUUUGGGUCAUACGUUCUCCAAUGCCAUUGAACUGUCAUAGUAACACCUCCGUUAAUUAAGCGUGCACAUCUUAAACUAUUGUGAAGCGGCUAUUUGUGGAGCUCCCCGCGUUUGCCUUUGGACCAUGGCGGACGACGACGUGCUUUUCGAAGAUGUCUACGAGUUGUGUGAGGUGAUUGGCAAGGGACCUUUCAGUGUGGUACGCCGCUGCAUCAACAGGGACACGGGCCAGCAGUUUGCUGUGAAGAUCGUCGAUGUGGCCAGCUUCACCUCCAGCCCCGGCCUCAGCACUGAAGAUCUGAAGAGAGAGGCCAGCAUCUGCCACAUGCUGAAACAUGCGCACAUCGUGGAGUUGCUGGAGACUUACAGCUCAGAUGGCAUGCUCUACAUGGUGUUUGAAUUUAUGGAUGGAGCUGACCUCUGUUUUGAAAUUGUGAAGAGAGCUGACGCUGGGUUUGUGUACAGUGAGGCUGUGGCCAGCCAUUACAUGAGGCAAAUUUUGGAGGCACUUCGCUACUGCCACGACAACAAUGUAAUUCACCGUGAUGUCAAGCCCCACUGCGUGUUACUGGCAUCCAAGGAGAACUCUGCUCCAGUCAAACUGGGAGGCUUUGGAGUGGCAAUACAACUGGGAGAGUCGGGCCUGGUUGCUGGAGGUCGUGUUGGCACUCCCCACUUCAUGGCUCCAGAAGUUGUCAAGAGAGAGCCGUACGGCAAGCCAGUGGAUGUGUGGGGAUGCGGGGUGAUUCUUUUCAUCCUCCUGUCUGGCUGCCUGCCUUUCUAUGGUACGAAGGAUCGCCUUUUUGAGGCUAUCAUCAAGGGAAAGUACAAGAUGAACCCACGGCAGUGGGCCCACAUCUCUGAGAGUGCCAAAGACCUAGUGAGACGCAUGUUAAUGCUGGACCCCGCAGAAAGGAUCACCGUUUACGAGGCUCUCAACCAUCCCUGGCUGAAGGAGAGGGACAGGUACGCCUACAAGAUCCACCUGCCUGAAACGGUGGAACAGCUGAGGAAAUUCAACGCCAGGAGGAAGCUGAAGGGUGCAGUGCUGGCUGCUGUGUCAAGCCACAAGUUUAAUUCGUACUACGGCGACCCUCCUGAGGAGCUCCAUGACUUUUCAGAUGACCCAACCUCCUCAGGACUGCUAGCUGCAGAAAGGGCAGUAUCACAGGUUUUGGACAGUCUCGAGGAGAUUCACGCGUUGACAGACUGCAGUGAGAAAGAUAUGGAUUUUCUCCACAGUGUCUUCCAGGAUCAACAUCUCCACACCCUGUUAGAUUUGUACGACAAAAUCAACACCAGGUCGUCACCACAGAUUCGAAACCCUCCCAGUGAUGGAGUGCAAAGAGCCAAAGAGGUAAGCUUGAUGCAAGUCUCAUAUAAUGAACAUGUUGGCCCGUCGAUGUGCCUCCGUGUGUCGGUGCUAUUCAUCUUUGCUUUAUUCUUUUUGCUCAAGGUGCUGGAGACAGUCUCCUGCUAUCCAGACAACACGGAGGCCAAGGAGCUCAGAAGGAUCCUCACGCAACCACACUUCAUGGCUCUGCUCCAGACACAUGAUGUGGUAGCCCAUGAGGUUUACAGUGACGAGGCGCUCAGAGUAACCCCGCCGCCCACAUCCCCUUACCUGAACGGAGACUCGCCAGACAGCGCCAACGGAGACAUGGACCUGGAGAACGUUACCAGAGUCCGCCUGGUGCAGUUUCAGAAGAACACGGAUGAGGCCAUGGGCAUUACGUUGAAAAUGAAUGAGCUCAACCAUUGCAUCGUGGCUCGAAUCAUGCAUGGUGGAAUGAUUCAUCGGCAAGGGACGUUGCAUGUCGGAGAUGAAAUCAGAGAGAUUAACGGCAUCAGUGUUGCCAAUCAAACUGUGGAGCAGCUCCAAAAAAUGCUUAGAGAAAUGAGGGGAAGCAUCACAUUCAAGAUAGUACCCAGUUACCGGUCCCAGUCCAAGUCUUGUGAGAACGAGUCACCAGAUUUGCCUCAACAUUCGGCUGCUAAUGGUCAUGCAAGUGUCACCAGCUCCAUCCUGGAUCUGCCAGCAACAAUUCAGCCCAAACCUCGACAGAUCUCCAGACCUGCUAUCCAGGACAAAUUGUCCAUUAAGAUCUAUGUUCGUGCUCAGUUUGAGUAUGACCCGACAAAAGAUGACCUCAUACCUUGUAAGGAAGCAGGCAUUUGCUUCAGGGUGGGUGACAUCAUUCAGAUUAUCUCCAAGGAUGACCACAAUUGGUGGCAGGGAAAGCUAGAGAAUACCAAGAACGGUACGGCGGGCCUUAUCCCUUCCCCCGAGCUGCAGGAGUGGCGUGUGGCAUGUAUCGCUAUGGAGAAGACCAAGCAGGAGCAGCAAGCCAGUUGUACGUGGUUUGGCAAAAAGAAGAAACAGUAUAAAGACAAGUACUUGGCCAAGCACAAUGCAGAUCUGGUGACAUAUGAGGAAGUGGUCAAGCUCCCUUCCUUCAAGAGGAAAACUCUGGUUUUGCUUGGUGCGCACGGAGUUGGCAGGAGGCAUAUCAAGAACACGCUUAUCACGAAACAUCCAGAACGCUUUGCCUACCCCAUCCCUCACACAACUCGGCCUGCAAAGAAGGAUGAGGAAAAUGGAAAGAACUAUUACUUUGUAUCUCACGAGCAGAUGAUGCAGGACAUCAGCAACAAUGACUACCUGGAGUAUGGCAGCCACGAGGAUGCCAUGUACGGAACCAGGCUGGAGACUAUUCGUCAGAUUCACGCUCAGGGCAUGAUCUCCAUUCUUGAUGUUGAGCCACAGGCACUAAAGAUUCUCAGAACCGCCGAGUUUGCUCCCUACGUCGUCUUCAUCGCAGCUCCCACGAUCACACCAGCCCUGACGGAGGAUGACUCGCUGCAGCGGCUCCAGAAAGAGUCGGAGAUGCUUCAGCAGACGUACGCUCACUACUUUGACCAGACCAUCAUCAACAAUGAGAUAGACGACACCUUGCGCCUGCUCGAGGAGGCUGUGGAGCUGGCGUGCAACACCCCUCAGUGGGUCCCGGUGUCCUGGGUGUACUGACAUCGUGACAGCAGAGGCUCAGCUCGCUGAGACGUUCACGGCUCCUCCUGAAGGGACGUGUGAGGCCUGCGCAGUCACCUGGAAUGUCCUACGAUCAAAAUCCCCUGUUUGUAGAUGAAGCUAUAAUAGGACAAGAAAUAACGGUGCCACCUCAUGAAGACUCCACUCUGGCCCUUUUUCUUCUUUCGAUGGCCUUGAUGGCCUUAACGUGUACAUAUAUACAUAUCUAUCUCAAAUGAUAUCAAUGCUAAAAGAUGUUAGAUGAAAGUUGUUUUGUCCUUACAUAGUUUAAGGCUGUGUGGGGUGUGGUCUAUAUUUUGUACAUUUCUUUUCAACAUAAUGGGUGACUGAUAACGCUGACACGGCAAUAGCAAGUAUGCCAUUAAGCGGGUGCGCGUGGGCCCUCAAAGGCACUCUUCGUGGAACCCAUGUGUCGAAAGCAGUUGAACUUUGAAGCACAUCAGAAGCUGCCACGUGUGCACAAGUCAGUCGCCGGACACCAAACCCAACAAAAAGCACAGGAAACUUGGCAGUUUCGUUCUCCCAACCUCUUAUUUAUUCCACCAUUUUGUCAAAUGGAGCACGCGUUCGUUGGCAACUCACCUCUCGUAUCCCGUAACGUGUCCCUCCCCAACCUCGCAUUUGUUUACAUCAGAAUUUGCACAAAAGGACAAUGUAGAUCACAUUGUCGGCUCACGCGUUUUGGCGUGCUCGGACCCUGCUCUUCUCUGUACGGAGCACCAUCGGUGACCCUGCAGGUACAACUAGCACGCAAGUGGAAGGCAAAAAGAUGAGGCAAAGUUGAAGUAAACUGCCUUCGAGAGACUUGGGGAAGAGGUUUGUAACAUCUAUGCACACCCCCAGUUUCUAUUGAGCAGAUCACCAAGGCCAUUUUUCCCGUCCACACUAACUGUUGUUAUUACUUGUGUGUCAGGAAUCAUACCUGUGCUAUAGAAGAGGGUCAAACUUCACGUAGGUUGGAGGUAUCAAAUGUUAGAGCCGAUGUUUUGGAACCGAACAGUUGUUUAUUUAAAAGAAGAAAAAAAAAGACAAGUAUUCUUGUUUUGAGAGUGAGUAAACAAGUCAAAAUUUUAUGUGUAAAUGUUUCAAUGGUGAGUCCGUCAUUUGCGUGAACAACAGAGAGCCAGUGUUUAAUAAUGUUGAAAAGAUGCUCAGUGAGUAACACGUUGACGCUUCACCAGAAGUAGCACAAUGCUUUCCCGUCACGAGUGACAUCGUCAUGAUGAUUUUCGAGUACAGUUGCUUUUGUGCCUCUUAGUGUUCUCAUUUUAACUUGUGUAAAUGACUUCUGUCCAAAGCAGCUCUUGUGGAUGACAUGGUUUUUUUUUUUGUUAUUUCAUUUUGUAAAGAAAAAAUAUAUAUACAGUAUCUUGAAUUGAAUGCGUGAAAGCAAAGCGAUUUGGUUUCCUUGUGGUUGUGGCUGUUUCGCAUUCCAUGUUGCUGCGGGGAAAGAAACGGCUGCAAAUGACACGUUGCUGUGCGUGAUCAAAUUUGAAUUCCCUCUCUGCUCCUUUUGCCAGUGGGGCGAAACACUGCCAUGCUCCAGGGAAGAUUGCACAGUCUUUUGGAGAACAAAUCUUGAGGACGAAAGAUAUUAUUUUACAGUUGUGGGUGUUGACAUUUACAGAAUCUUAAAUAACACGCAGUGGCAACACUUGCCAAUGCGAGGUAUCACAUCCUGCGUUCACACCGGACGUGUUUUUAUCUGUUGGCGCAAAGUGAUCCCACACAGCUAACAAUACAGCGGUGGUGCGAAAGGGAAGUGGGCAAAGGGUAAGGCGGGUGUACCGAAAGCCCUGACAUUGUACGUUUUGCACAUGAUUACAUAUUAAGUAAUACAAAAAAAUACAUGAUACAAAACAGUACAUGUCAAUGUUAAAGCAAUGCCUGCUGUAAGAAAAGGUUAUUUCAAUAAAUGCAUAACA